UGGUUGUGAGGUGCCGAGGCUGGUAGGUCGUUGUGUACGCCCGUAUUGAGGACGUUUGGGGUAAAAUUUCAUCAUUAAAGAAGCUUUGUAGCUAAACUGUAAGCCUCGUUACUGGACGAAGGCAAUGUAGUCAGCCGUCAUCCAGGUAUCUACUGCUGUCUAUGCAGUUUGAAAGGUGCACGCAUGUGGACGCCGCCAUGCGCUCGUACGCGGCAGCGGCUCUGCUGUGUGCGGCGGCCAUGGUGGUGGCGCUGCUCGGCCGCGGCCGGGACGCCACCCCGGACACGGAGCCCGAGACCGAGCCGCUGGCGCCGGACGCCUUCUCCUCACUGUUCUGCGAGGGCGACACGCCCGCCACGCGCCACUGCCUAGUCACCAACCUCUGCUACAUGCCCGACGACGACCAGUUCGUGCUGCUGUACUCGGAGCGGACGCGGUACGCGGGCGUGCGCGGCGCCGACGACCUGCGGCCGCUGCUCAAGCUCAGCCCGGUCGUCGACCACAACCUGUUCGACCUGCACCUGGUGCCGGCGAACGCUAGCCUGCUGGCCGGCCGCGGCGCCGUGUUGCACCGCGGCCGCUUCCUCGUCUUCGAGCCGUUCAAGCCGGAUAACCUGAUGCACGUGCUGCACGACGACCUGCUGCCCGCCUACGUGACGCUGCUGCAGCUCCGCCUGCUCGAGUGGCGGGCGCCGCUGAACGUGCCGGCCGGCCGGAGCGUCAGCUACCGCGUCUGGGUGGAGCAGGGCGCCGCCGGCGUUAGCGAACAUAAGGUGCGCCAGCCGCGACUGCAGCUGGCGGCCGAGUGUGCCAACUGCGAGCUGCGCGUCUGGCUGCGGCCGGAACUGGACGGCCGGCGCGGACCCGUGCUGCACGAGACGUUCGUCCUCAACGGCGACGCGACGUGA